AUGCCACGUCGUUCAUCAAAUAACCCAUUCAGUGAUUCCCUGUCACCAAGUUCAACAGGCGGUGGUGCUGAAGAUAGUUCAAACACUCCUCCAACUUAUCCUUCAAAUAAUAAUGAUUAUUAUUCCACUACAAAUGAAAAAUCACGUUUAAGACAACAAGAACAAGACCGUGAACGUUCAUCACAACAACAAGUUGAUUUACCUCCAUCUUAUGAAGAAGCUGCUGGUCCAAAAGUUUCUAAAUCUUCAUAUCCAAGAGAAAAAUCAUCAUCUAUUUCAUCAUCUUCAAGACCUCAUCGUUCUCAAAGUGAUUCUGAAAGACAUAGAACAAGAGUAAAUCGUGAAUGGCCUGGUGAUGGAACAAAUCAACAAUCUUCUAGUACAAGACCUCAUCGUUCAACUUCUGGUCGUACAAGAGAAUCCGGUUCAAGAGAACAUUCAUCAAGAGAACAUCGUGAUAAAGAACGUUCUCAUCGUUCUCGUUCUAAUCGUGAAGCAAGUGAAUCUAAAUCUUCAAGACCUCAUCGUUCAUCAUCUGAAAAACAUUCAAAAUCAAAAGAUUCUAAAAAUAAACCAAAACCUAAAAAUGUUGAUACUAUUGAUAAAUUAGAUGUUACUGGAUUAUUUGGUGGUACUUUCCAUCAUGAUGGUCCAUUUGAUGCUUGUACUCCACAACGUAAUAAAAAUCAAAAAUCUGCUCCAGUUUUAGCCUUCCCUGCAGAUGGUCCAAAUAAUUCAAUUAAAGGUAAAGCACCUGAAAAUAUUAAAGAUUCCACAAUAGAUUAUGUUAUGGGUAGAACAAGUGAAUUUGGUGAUGAUGAUUUAUAUACUGCUUCAGUAUCUCCAAGAAAACAAGGUCAACCAUUAACUAAUGGUAAUGGUAAUGGUAUAAAUCAACCUCCAUUAUUAGGAAACAUUCAAUAUAAUUCAUCAAAUCAAUCACAAUCAACAAUCGCAGCUGUUAAAAACACUGAAAAUAUAACAAAUUUUGAUACAAAUAAAAAAGCUAUUCCAGUUCAUGGUGAAACUACUUUAGGUUUAGGUUCUUCAACAUUUUUAGAUGGUGCACCUGCAUCACAAGAGGAUUCUAAUAUAAAUGGUGGUUCUACAGGAUUAAAUAGAAAAAAAUCAAUCAAGAAUAAAUUAAGAAAUCCUUCACCAACUUUUGUUGAUGAAGAUGAACCAAUUAAAUUUAGUCCAGAAAAAUCAGAAUCUUCUGGUGGAAAUUCUUUACUGAAAAGAGUUAGAAGUUUAAAAGUUGGAAGAAGUAGAAGUUAG